UUACAAAAUCCAAAUGAAUAUCAUAUUGUAGAAUUGGUUUUGGAUUGUUCUAAAGUCUAAACAUAACAAGGCAAAUAAUGCACGCAAUUCACGCUUGCACGUUAGUAUUUCAGUGACACUUUGCACCACAUGACCACAACCAUACCCAUUUAUAUCAAACUAGUUCUUCUAUAAACCAAGUCAAACCCCUUCAUCAAAUCUUCCCCCAUUUUUCCUGCUAUCCUCUUACAAUCCCACAACAAUUUCGCUUCUCAAUCCAUGGAGGAUUCAACCUUCAAUCACUAUCAGAACGAUGCUUCCGCCGUAGCCAUUACCAACAACAACCAUGGCUGGCAAAAGGUCACCUACGCCAAACGCCGCAAGAAUCAACAGGAGACUAAACAAAAAUCCGCCACAACCAUCGCUGCUUCUUCUGAUAAAGUGAACAAUGUUUUCCGUGAUCUUGAUCAGCAGAAUGAGGAUCGUCAUCGUCGCAUUGUGGAGGAUGCUAAGAGGAAAUCUGAUGCUUUUUUUGAUGAUGAUGAUGAUGCUCCGAAGUCUAGAUCGAAGAAACGCGAUGAUUCCGAUGAUAGUGAUUUCAACGAGGAUAGAGUAAAUAUUAAUAUUAAUGUUAAAGAGGAGAAGAAAGAGAAGAAAAAGAAGAAAGUCGAUAAAAAGCCUAAAGUUUCGGUUUCUGAAGCUGCUGCUAAGAUGGAUGCCUCUGAUUUGGCAGCAUUUCUCUUGGAUUUGUCGGGUUCUUAUCCAGACCAGGAGGAUAUUCAAUUGAUGCGAUUCGCUGAUUAUUUUGCCCGAACUUUUACAGCUGUGUCUCCUGCUCAGUUUCCUUGGGUUAAGACAUUUAGGGAAUCUCCUGUAGCUAAACUUUCUGAGAUCCCUGUCUCACAUAUCCCAGAUGCUGUUUAUAAAACAUCAUUGGACUGGAUCAACCAACGCUCAGUGACAGCCCUUAAUUCCUUUGUGAUAUUGCUGCUGGAUACCAUAAUUACAGAUUUAAAUAAUCAACUUCCUAGUGUUAAGAAUGCUAAAAAGGCAAGUCAGCAGCCACCAUCCAAAUCUCAGGUUGCUAUCUUUGUGGUUUUGGCUAUGGUUUUAAGGCGUAAACCAGAUGUACUUGUAGCUUUGUUGCCUACAUUGAGGGAGAACUCCAAGUAUCAAGGACAAGAGAAGCUUUUAGUUAUCAUAUGGAUGAUAUCUCAGGCAUCUCAAGGAGAUUUGGCUGUUGGCUUGUUUUCUUGGGCUCAUAACCUCUUGCCGAUGCUUAACAGCAAAUCAACUAACAAUCCACUUUGUAGGGAUCUGAUUUUACAGUUGGUUGAGAGAAUAUUAGCAGCUCCAAAGGCUCGCUCUAUAUUGGUCAAUGGAGCUGUAAGAAAAGGAGAACGUUUGAUUCCUCCAGCUGAGUAUGAGAUCUUGAUGCGGGUGACUUUCCCUGUAGCAUCUGCCAGAGUGAAGGCAACUGAGAGGUUUGAGGCUGCAUAUCCAAUCCUUAAAGAAGUUGCUCUUGCGGGCGCAUCUGGAAGUAAAGCAAUGAAGCAAGUUUCACAGCAGAUGUUUGGAUUUGCUAUUUUAGCAGCUGGAGAAGGCAAGCCUGAGCUGGCUAAAGAAGCUACUGACCUCAUAUAUUGGUGCUUGAGGCAAAACAGUGAUGUCUAUAAGCAAUGGGACAAAGUAUACUUGGAUAAUUUGGAGGCAAGUGUUAGCAUCCUGAAAAAGCUUUCCGAGGAGAGGAUAGAACAACAUCUUAAUCAGUCGUCCCUUGAGGUUGUGAAGCAGACUCUGAAAGGUUUUCAGCAAAAGAAUGAGAAAGCCUUGGCUGGAGAACGUUCUGGACAAGCAUCUCUCCUUAAGGAUGCUGACAAGUACUGUAAAAUUCUAAUGGGAAGACUAUCACGUGGUCAUGGCUGUGUGAAAGCCGUAGUUUUUGUUGGUGUUGUAAUGGCUGUCGGUGCUGCUGUUAUGUCCUCUAACGUGGAGUCGUUUGAUUGGAAAAGGGUGUCGCUGAUGCUCAGCUCUAUCCAAUCUUUCUAAACGAAGACGUACUUAAACGGGGCGGGGCGGGCUUCUGCUGUUGGUUCUAUAUACUUGAGAGGAAGCAGAAUCAACAAGCUCCCGUCCCAUAAUAAUUGUCAAAAUAGAUGGCGGGAUACAAAGAGUUAGGAUUGAGAAAAUGCCACAAGGCUAGCGGUUAACUUAAUAGUACAAGUCGAUCCAUGACAUUUUUGAUCGAUUUUAUUUUAUGUUUAUUUUUUCAGAUUUCUGUCAAAUGUAUGAGUAUCGAAAAUAACAACAAAUCCCUGUAUUUAUAGACUGUUAUGCCUUUUUCCUUUUCCUUUUUUUCUCA